AUGGCAUUUGUCUUCGGUGCAAGCCAACUCAAAGGUGAUGCUCAAUGGCGCCAAGAUAAGGCAGGGCAGUGGCCAGCGAAGCAACGUUUCCACGAAGUUCUCACGGCAAAUGUGCUGGGCCAAAACGCCAUGGAGGAAGAUGCUCGCGUGGUAAGGCUGUUUUCUUCAGAACGGCAGAGGAACCACAUCCAGACCAACAAGUACACAUGGUACAAUUUUCUCCCGAAGAAUCUACUGGAGCAAUUCAGUCAAUCUGGGAAUCUAUAUUUUUUGAUGGUGGCUGUUGGACAGCUGAUACCCUCCAUCAGCAACACCCAGGGAAAGCCUGCAACGUUACUGCCUCUCAGUGCUGUUGUCUCCAUGCAAGCAGUGAAAGAUUUGUUCGAAGACUCAGCACGAGUCCAGUCAGAUAAAGUCGAGAAUAACCGCACGACCAUCAUGGUCGACAGCGGCCUGAACGAGACGGCCAUUGCUUGGGGCGAUGUCUCACCUGGGAUGGUGCUGAAGGUCAUGGAUGGAGAGCGGAUCCCUGCUGACUGCUUAUUAUUGGUCUCAUCUCGACCGGAUGGCCAUUGUUGUGUUGAAACUGCCAAUUUGGAUGGCGAGACAAAUCUGAAGAAGAAAGCAGCUGCUAUGACCUCGGAGGAGUUCCAUGAUGCGGCUUGGAACUGUCGGAGGAUUGGGCCUGGAUGCUCGCCCAGUCUUCUGUGUGAAGCGCCCAACGGAGACCUGUACUCCUUUAAAAGCUCAUUGUGUCUGGCCGAGGAACAGUCACGGGGUCUGGGUAUUGGCAGUUUGUUGUUGCGUGGGACUUCCUUGCAACAGACGCAGUGGGUCUACUGCAUGGCUGUCUACGUGGGAAAGGAAACGAGAAGUUUCAAGAACACCCGAGCAGCGCGGUUCAAGGGUAGCGCCCUGGAUGAGAUCCUCAACAAAGUGGUGGCCAUGAUCUUUGGGGCCCAAAUUGGCAUUUGCAUUCUCAUCUCUAUCUGCAGCCUUUUUUGGCAAGGUUUAGCUGGACAUCGCAUCUGGUAUUUGGAAGGAGUUCCCAGGUAUUUGAAUCCUUUUCGACAGGUUGGCAUUUGGUUUCUGAUGCUGAAUAGCGUGGUGCCUAUAUCUUUGAUGAUCACCACCACCGUCGUGAAAUUCGCUCAGGGGAAGAUGAUGGAAGAGGACACCGGUUCUUUUAGCAAAGGUCGAAAGGCCCAGGUCCACACCAGUCAAGUCAUCGACUCUCUGGGCAAAGUCACGCACGUUUUCUCUGACAAGACUGGCACGCUUACGCAGAAUAUCAUGGAAUAUAAAGGUUGUUCCGUGGGACAGAUCUAUGGCCUUGAAGGUCUUCGAGAUACCGUCCUGCACGAUGCUCAUGUACAUAUGGAUGCCACGUAUUUGUCGAAAGCCCUGAAGGGGCUCGACGGUGGCAAGCGAGAGACCUUGACGUCAUUCUUCAUGUGCCAUGCCUUGUGCCACACCGUGGAACCUGCCAGCUCGUCUGAAGCUCCCUACAACGCUUCCUCACCAGAUGAGUUAGCACUUGUCUGUGCUGCUCGAGCGCUUGGUUUAGAGUUCUUGCGGCUUGCUGAGAAUCAAAUGCAGCUCGGGGUCAGCAAAGUUUUCACAGAUCUUCUUGGACCCUUUGGCUACAAUGGCAGUGGUCCUUUCCAAGCUGAGCUUCUGGAUGUCUGCGAGUUUGACAAUGUUCGAAAGCGGAUGUCCGUCCUUCUCCGAAUGCCGAGCGGGGAAAUCCUGCUCUACGUGAAAGGCGCCGACAGCUCCAUCUUGCCACACGUGCUGGAGCAGGCGGCCAAAGAGCAGUGUGACAGUCAUCUUCUCACAUUCGCUCGACAAGGUCUUCGCACUUUGUGCCUGGCAGAGCGUGUCCUGAGUGAGGAGGAGUUUCAGGACUGGCACAGCCGCUUCAAAAAAGCCAAGGCUACGAUAACUGAGGAUCGAGCUGACCUGAUCCACGACUUGUCCAAUGAAGUGGAGACAAAAAGGCCGGUGAAGUUGUUGGGCGCCACGGCAAUCGAUGACAAGCUGCAAGAGGAGGUCCCAGAAACCAUCGAGCAGCUCCGACACGCAGGGGUACGCGUAUGGGUGCUCACCGGUGACAAGGUGGACACUGCGAUUUCCAUCGCCAUGUCGUGCAAACUGCUCACUGAAGAUAUGAAUAACUUCAUCAUUGACAACACCACCGAGCAAAGGAUCACUGACAUCCUGCAAGAUGCCUUGGAAGCUGAGAGUCCGGCGCUGACCAUCGAAGGAUCCAAAUUGAUCGACGCCAUGGAAGAUGAUGAAAGCCGCUCUUUGCUCUUUCACGCGGGACAGCGAUGCAGAUCCGUGGUUUGCUGCCGCGUGUCACCAAAGCAGAAGGCAGAUGUUGUUGACUUGGUAAAACUCAUGGAUGAAAAAGCGGUGACUCUGUCAAUUGGUGACGGAGCGAACGAUGUCUCUAUGAUCGUGGCAGCCCACGUUGGAGUCAGCCUGUGUGGCAAGGAGGGUGCUCAAGCUGCACGCAGCGGAGACUUCGCACUGGCAGAGUUCCGGCUGCUGCGUCGUGCUGUCUUUGGCCAUGGCCGAGAAGCCUACAGACGAAAUUCCAUGGUUUGUCUCUACACCUUUUACAAGAACCAGGUGGAUGUGUUGAUCACGAUCUUAGCAUCUGCGAGCAACGCGUUCUCUGGUGCCAAUGUGGUGAGUCCUUGGUUGAUGCAAGCAUACAACAUCCUGCAUUGCCACCUGCCCAUCUUCGUCUACGGUAUGUUCGACAGGGUUGCCGAGCUGGAUGUAUUGGAAAUGGAUCCGAAAGGUCACUCGCCAUAUCUUUUUGGCCUUGAUAUCCAGUUCUUAUGGAUGGCCACGGCAGUUGUGCAAGCGCUGAUCAUUACGGUUACGUGGUCUGAAACGAUGGAUGGAGUCACAGGCGUCCACGGCCCUGACCUGGCGCAGAGUUCGCUGCUGGGCAAUCUCUGCUUCGCCUCGGUGGUGCUCUGCGUCAACGUGACGUUGGUCUUUCGCCAGUACAGCUGGCCGUGGAUGAUCAUCGCUUGCUACGCCAGUAACAUUUUUUGUCUCGUGGCCAGUAUGAUGGUUUGCGUCAACGGCAUGUCGGAAAUCCUUGGUCCCAACUGGCUUCGCGUCAGCUUAACUGUGAUUAUCUCACUCGCCAUGACAACGCUGGUGGGAGAAGUCAUGGUCAGCUUCAUGGAGGUCUUUGACCAGGAAAGCAGUGAGCAGCCCAUGGCUGCCACAGUGCCUGCAGUCGAAACGACGCAGCAGCCCUUCGUCGAAACGGCGCGACCCAGCACCGUACACUGGAGUCGGCCGAGCCACGGAUUUGCAUACUCCGAGGAGUGCACCUUCGAAAGAGAGAAAGGUCGACUGUGGCAUUCGAAAACGGACAGCAUGCUGUUUAACAAGGUAUAUUCCGAACAUUCUCCAGCGCUCCCGCGCUCCACACUAGCGACUGUUGCCAUGUCGAGAUUCCCGGGGUCAAGACAAUGGGGGGAAAGUGGAGAUGGCAUCGAGCUGAGCUUCGUUCAGCGAUCUCGGAGCCUGGCGGUGCCGCAUCACACGCUGAAUCACAGGAGCUGGUGACUGGUGACUGGUGACAGCGUCAUCAGCGCCAUCGGUGCCAUCGGUGCCAGUCUCCAUGAUCUCGGUCUCCAUCACCCUGAGAGCCAAAGAGCCUCAAGUUUGUCAAGUUUGUCAAGUGCCAAUGUGUCACCGGAACCCGGUCGCUUCGUCUCAAAGUGCAUCGCUUAUCCAAAA